AUGACGUAUUUAUUUUCAUCGGAGCGCAAUAGCCAGCGGGAGGGAGGCAUUUGGCGACGCGCGCGGGACUGCAAAGCAAAGGCCCCAGAGAGAAGAGGGAAAAAAAAGGUGACCAGCUGAUAAGCGAUGCAUAACCGCCCAACCCGCGCGGCGCCACCGUAGGCGUCACGCCCCACUCCGAGACGGCGCAUGCGACCGCCAGAGAGCCAGAGCGCGCGCAAGGAUGCAAAGUGGGGGGAGACUUGGGAAAUGGGCGAGACCAUCGAAUCUGGGGGUCUGGACGGGGCCAAAGGGGGAGGGGGCUAGCGGCAGAGUACCUUUGCCUCUGGGAAGGACGAAGAAGGUAUGUUAGGGGAAAGGAAAGGGCAAGAAAACCCGUAGGCCAGACGGCCGAGGGAGAGAGGGGGGCGCAGGAACGCCAUUGACGCUAGUAGUCGGUUGUCGCCAGUCGGGAAAACGACAAGAGAGGAGCGAGGAUGUCUCAGACCCGCGCAGCUUUCACCAGACGGGCGCGCUUUGCUCUUCCGAUUGGCGGCCGCCGUGACGCCGGCCGUGCCGAUCGCGCGCUAACUCCUCUUUUUCGCGCCCUUGUUUUUGUUUCCCUUUCCCGGUUGCGCAAGUCUUUGGGAGGGGAGAAGGAGAAAAAGAAAAAGAGAUGACAGAAAGGAAGGAAUCAAAGAAGUAUGGCCCCGUACGAUACUCCUCGAAAGGAACGUGACUUGGCUUUUCUCUCUCCGUAUAGUACUGUAACUGUAACGGACGGCCUUGGGGGCCUGAUGGCGGAUGGUUAAUGGUUCGCGGUUCAUGUUGAAUGAAUUCUUACCCUCUUCUUACCUUUUUACCUCUCUUGACCUCUUUCCCUCUUGACAUUCCCCUCCCCCCUCCCUAGUCACUCCAGUCACUCCAAUCACUUACAUCACUUCCAUCACGCCUAUCACAUCUUCUUCUUCUUCCCUCCCUCUCCUCUCUUCUCCCUCUCUCGCUUUCUUUCUUUUCCCCUCUUUCAAUUCCUCUUCCCUCUCACUCUUCCUCACUCUUCAUAAUUGAAGCGCGAUCCCGUCUCGGCCGUCUCUCAUCCCCUCCCUUCCAAACGCCCCACCCCCAGGCGAGGUUACCGCGAUCCUCUUUCCCUCUCCUCUCCUAAGAGCAAUCAAGAUAUCCGCCUAUCCAAAACCCAAUUCAAAGAAAGCCAUCCUUCUCAUUAGGGCAUACACGGUUCCUCUCUUCUCUUUCGGGGCCUUUUUUGCUCAUCCGGGCUUAUUCCUCCCCGAUUGUUCUCUCUCCGUUAUUUUAUCCGCCUCGGCAACUUUCCGCGCGUCUCUGCGUCGUUCGCUCAGGCACCGUCCCGAGUUUCCCCCCCCCCCCCCAAUCUGCGGCUGAGACGACUUAGACUGGGGGCCGCUCCCGGUAUUAUUUCCCACCCCCCUCCUUUGAUCAAGACGAGAGGUCUUGUUGUAAGCCCGUUUCACUUUUCCCUUCGUUUUUCCUUUUCCUUACGGGUGUUCUUUUCUUUCCCAAUCCACUCAAAUCGUGGUGGGGAGGGAAACCCCCCCCCACAAGCACUAUAUCACCUUCCCGCUCCUCUUUGUCGUUGAUUCCCCUCCGUCCUCUGUGAGGAUCCAUCUACUCGUGGGGAUUACCCGCCCACGUUUCCCCCAGAACCAUGACGGCUGUCGCAACCGCUCCCGUGAUGAGUAACCAUGACUCUGGGACGGAGCCCCGAACGGAUCAUAGCCCCUCUCGCUUUACCGCGGUCAAUGGUAGAGACUCGGUCGCGUCAAAUCCCCACGGACCGACUACGGUUCCUGGCACGCCGAUGAAUCAAGAGGACAGAGUCGCCGCGGCAGCGCCAGCGCCAGCGGCGCCUUCAGGCGACAAUGCGGAACCAUCGCGCGACAGCUUGGAAACCCGAGGCGAUCACCACGACGACUCGCAACGAUCCUCACCGUCUGGAUCCAACAAGCACAAGCGAAAGCGAUCGGGGUCGGGGUCGGGGGACCAGGGAGCCCGGCAGCAAUCAGAGCCUGGCUAUCACCACCACCACCAUCAUCACCAUCAUCACCAUGUCGGUCGCGGCUCGAUCGGCCACUCGGAGGAACUGUCUCCUCUCCAUGCCAAUGGGGCCGGGCCCGGAUCGGUCUCCUCCGACAUGGACUCGAUCAAUCCGGUCGCCGCCUCGGGCCACCGAUCGGACACGAAUGAGACGUCACAGCCCCCAUCCGCGGGCCCUUGGCCCGAUUAUGACACCCAUUUGGUCAAUCAGGCCCAACGGGCGCAACAGAUUGAUCCCUCUGACGCACACUUGGCAGAUGCCCUCCAGCGAGAGGCUCAAGGCCAGGAACACUCCCGCAAUGGGGGCAGUGAUCGCUCCGUUCCACCGGGCCCCAAUAUGCAGCCAGCCUCAUCCCCGACCUAUGUCUCUGAGCGUGCUGCCGGGGCUGUUCAAGUCGCACCUAAGCGAAAGCGUGUCUUCAGCAACCGCACCAAGACAGGAUGUAUGACCUGUCGCCGCCGAAAGAAGAAAUGCGAUGAGCAACACCCUGCGUGCAAUAAUUGUAUUCGUGGCGGGUUCUUGUGCGAAGGAUACACCUCACGAAGUACCUGGCAGAAACCUUCGACAACGAAACCACCCGUUCCGUUGCAGUCCAAGGAAGGUUAUCCAGAAAUGAGCGGUCAAUAUCUUCCAGAACCAAUUGCUCAUCAUGACCGCCCACCUGCGGGAAUGCCCGAUCAUAUGGAAUCGCGGAAAAUGAGACCAUUGGGAGAGGACAAUGAACGUGUCACCCAACCAUAUACUACGAGUCCGUCCAACAAUCCAGCACCUAACCAUACGGCCUCGUCAUCAUCAUCGUCCUCAUCAUGGUCAAAACGCACUUGGUCAGGCGCCGGCCAUUCGGGGUACGCACCCCCGGACCAUCUGGCUAAACCCGAUUAUCGAGAUGUGGCCCCCAUUCACGAGCUUCCUCCUCGAGAGUCACAUCCGAAGCCGGACUACCCCAUGGUUCCUCCCAUUCGGGAAUUCUCUCAUGCACCACCACCGCCGCCGCCGCCGCCGCCGAAGCCCAAUGGUUUACCUCUGUAUCAUGGGACAACCGCUGAGCAGCAACGGCCCAUGCCUCCGGCGCCUGCCCCCGCCCCCGCUCCGCCCCCGAUGCCAACAUCCGCGAUGGACACCAGUAGUCCACAGACGCAGGCACGGAUGGCGCUCAAGAUUGAGCAUCAACUAUCAUCCCGUACAAUCAACGUGGAAGAAACGGAAAAGGACAAAAUGAUCCGCGGCGAACUGUACCGGCCUUUCGAUCUGCAACUGGUGGAAGAGAGAGAUCGAUGCAAGCGCGCACUGUGGCGUUUCAAUAAUGCUUGCAAUCCGCACUACGGAUUAAGCUCGAAGGAGCAGAACCGUCUCCUCAAGGAAAUCCUCGUUCCUCCUUUGGGUUCCGUCGCCAAUUCUCCCUCCGGGGUUGCGGCGCCUACUUCCGCGGGUUCCAUUGGACAGGGUGCAGUCGUGGAAUCCCCCUUCAACUGCCAUUACGGAUAUAACAUCCAAAUUGGAGAAGAUGUGAUGAUACAUCAGAAUUGCUUGUUUGUCGACGACUGCGGCAUCAGUAUCGGUGCACAUAGUUGGAUUGGCCCAAACGUCACCUUGCUUAGCUCGAUGGCCCACUCCAGUAUGCAGGAGCGUAAAGGGUCCCAGAGUCGCUAUCAAGGCCGGCCCGUCAUCAUCGAGGAGGACUGUUAUCUGGGUGCGGGCUGCACCAUUUAUCCCGGAGUGCAUCUACAUCGAGGUGCCUAUGUCGCGCCUGGCGAGGUUGUGAAGACUGACAUCGUUGCUUAUGGGUUCCAAGGAUACAAGCCCAGUUAUAUGUGAAUACCCCCUCUUGUCUAGAUUUGAGUCCCCUACUUCCUCUUUUCUUUGGGCUCUCUUGUGGACGCCACCUCAGCCCUCAUCUUUGUUUUUUGCCUGAAAAAAUCAGGCCCUGGUGGUGAAAUGGACGGACGAUCGCAGCAUUUGACUCGAGUCAAUAGCUUCGGGAGUACAAUUAUGUGGAUCUACCGCAUCUCUUUUUCGCUGUGAUAUCUUUCAACCCUUCUGUCUAUUUUUUUGAUGCCAUCAUGUCUUGACUAUUAUAGCGAUCUGGGCUUGUGAUUAAUGCGGUAUAUAGAUAAUCAUUAAGUAUGAACGAUCUCCGAUCAUGACUUUUGCAUGGUCAUAAAAUAUUAACUGUGAGAGUUUGAUUACACUAUGUGUCCAAUCAUGGGUCUUGAUGUAGGUCCGGCUGGCUGAGAGAGAAGGCGAGGCCAGGCGAUGAUCGGGCUUCCGGAGGAGUAGGUAGUAUAUGAGGCAAAAAUUGAAUGAUGACGAUGACAUACAAUGAUUUGAUUCCGUCCAAAUUAUGGGUAUCUAUUUGUUUCUGGAGUGGAGUGAUUGGUGGCCGAAAGUCUCGACUCGGAGCUGCCUUGUCCCUCCUCUUUUCAGUCGUGGGGUAGGCGAUAUACAACAGAUCACGCUCACGCUGGGCAUCUAUGACCCCUCUUCUUUUCCUGCCUGUUCAGAGUCCGGGUCACAGCCAGUCCAGGAAUUCCGGAGCAAAGUAGGUCAGAACUAUGCCUGCACCUGCUCGCAAUAUUCCCUCUGUGCUCUCAAAGGCCAUCGCUUUCAAGUCAAAGACUCCGGCCUUCGCUCCGGCGUGGAUCAUUGCAAAUUCACCACUAACCUGGUAGGCUGCGACCGGCAUAUCCUGCGCCAAUUCCUUGGCAUCACGAAUGAUAUCUAGAUAGCUACUCGCAGGCUUCACCAUAAUAAUGUCGGCACCCUCCGCGAUAUCUCUUUGGAUCGCACGUCGGGCAAGACCACGGCCACCGGGAGGAAGCUGGUAGCAACGGCGGUCUCCAAAUGAUGGACAGGAGCCAGCUGCAUCGCGGAAGGGGCCGUAUAGACAGCCGCUGAAUUUAGCGCUAUAGGACAUCAGUAGCACGCGAUGGGCGAUCCCAGCCUCGAUCAGUUUAAGCUUGAUAGCGCGUACUCGUCCAUCGUUCAUAUCCGACGGGGCAACACAGUGAGCCCCAGCAACGGCAUAAGCUAGCGCGACAUCGGAAAUUCGAUCCACCGACUGUGUAUUAUCGAGGGUCCCGUCUUCCCGGAGAAUACCACAGUGACCAUGUGACGUGUACUCACAAAGGCAGACGUCGGUUGUUAUAUAGAGCUGAGGGAAUCGAGAUCGGAGAAGGCGAAUGGCUUGGAUAACUGGGCCCGCCGGGUCAUCGGCUGCGGUUCCUAGCGCAUCCUUGGCCGAGGGGUGGAGGGGGACUCCAAAGAGGAUUACCGAGCGUAGACCCUUCCGAACCAAUGGGGCCAGGAAAGGCACCAGACGAUUGACACCACGACGGUACUGAUUUGGUAGAGAUGGAAUCGGGGUCUCCUCAUCGGGAUUAUCCGUGAUAAAGAGUGGGUAGAUGAGCAUAUCCUAGA